AUGCCGCCAGCUGGUUCCAGGGAACUCAGAGUGCUGACUGUGGGCAUUGUGCUGCUGGGGGAAGCAUUCUCUGGGCUCAGCCUCAAUGAACUGAUCACCCUCUCUUUCUGCACAAACCCAGUGCUGCGGACUCCUGGCCACCUAUUGGUGCUGAACUUGGCCCUGGCAGACAGUGGGAUCAUCAGCCUGAAUGCCUUGGUAGCAGCCAUUUCCAGCCUCCGGCACUGGCCCCAUGCCACGCAUGGUUUCCAAGGCUUCAGGAUGACCCUGGCCAGCAUCUGCAGCUGUGCAGCCUUGCCUGGGAGCUCCCAUUACUUCUGCACCAGUACAUUGCUGGAUUUCCAGGACAGAAACGUCACCAGCUUUGUCUUCACCGUGACCUUUUUUAACCCUCUUCUGCCCCUGUUUAUCACAUCCACUUCCUAGCGGCUCAUGGAGACAAGACUUCCCAGGACCCUUUCUCCCCAGGUGGACACCACUCUGCCAGUCAGGACAUUGCUGCUGAGCUGAGGCCCUUACGCCCUCCUGUACCUGUAUGGUGCCUCCAUGGAUGUACCUGCCCUUGUUGCCAAAACAGUACCCAUGGUCAAUGCCUGCCUGGGGAACGAGGCAGUCUGCAGAGGGAUCUGGCAGUAUUUCCUCGGCAGGAGUGACAGUCCUGCUAGUUCUCAGGAGAGAGCCCAAUGA